AUGGUGGACCCAACCUUCGCAAAUGCAUUAUUCCGAGAGCAGACGCCUGGACUAGCUGAAGCCUUCGAAACGGUUCUUGAUACCACUGGACUAUUUGCAGCCAGUACAAGAGGGAAGUUGGAGGUGUAUACUCGCAACUGUAUCGCCGAAUACAGGUCACAGCAGCAUCAUCGGGAUGGAUCUGGUGGCUUGUCAAAAGCAGGGUACGAGGUGUCGCUUGAUCGCCAUCGCCAUCGACUACUUGCCACUCAGCUGAUAUUCGACGUCGAAGCCCUUGAACAUUACAUGUCGGAUGAGACAGACCUGCAGGCCUUUUUCAUUUCCCAGAGAAAUUCGUUUUCGCUGCUGCAAAUCAGUCAUGAGCUCUACACUGCACUCUGCCGUCGGCGAGGAAUCUCCCCUCAAUUCAAUGAUUAUAUCCUUUACAGCGGAGCAAGGGACAAUGAGGUCGAAAUUACGCCACCGGCGAUGCGGCUUCGCGUCUACAGUGACACCACGGGCCCUUCCUGUGAGUGUAUGUAUGGCAUUCGGUUUGUCGAACACAAUGCCCUCACGGACGUUCCUGUCAGCUCAAAAUGGUCCUUGAGGCAAAGCGCCAUUUACUAUGGCCGCUCGCCAUUCUAUGGAGGGCAAAGCUGGAUUUUUGUGACGAUUCCCGAGGCUGCUAAGAGACGCAUCGAUGCUUACUUUGCCAACUGUGCUCUCGGGCUGGACCGGAAUUUACUAGAGGUCAUGGUGCUCAUUCUGGAUACUGUUAUCGGGAACUGGAGGCCAUACUUGGUGGCCCUUUACACUGAAACCGAAACCCAUGCCACACAAUUCCUGGGUGCAUCUCCAGAUAACCAAGGCCCAACUGGCCUCGCAGACACUUCGCAGAGACAACAGAUGAUGCUACUCGACGACAGAAUGGGCAAUUCGUCAGUGGCAAUUAAAGCGACUGAACAUGAUCUGCGAUCCCUGCUGGAGCAAAGCUUGCAAGGUAGACUUGCUCAAACCCACGACGAUCUGGCAAUACUCGCUAUCACUGAAAAGCUCAGAGAGCUGGAGAGCUUGUCUCUCAAACUUGAAGCACUUCGAACGAGACUAGCAGGAGUUGCAAAUCUAGUGACAAGCUUCCUAGACUUGAGCAACGGCCUCGCCCUGCAGGAACUGGGCCAAGAGUCCCGACGAGAGAAUGAAAAUAUGCGUGCCCUCAACCAGCGGAUGCAUAUACUGGCGGAAAAAUCUACCCAGGAUGCGGCUGCCAUGAAAGUCCUUACUAUUGUGGGAUUGAUAUACUUGCCCCUCACCGUCGUUACGAAUAUCUUCUCGACGUCAUUCAUAGGUGUUUCUGAAUCUUCGAAUAGUAUCUACGUUACCAGCGAUUGGUGGAUUCUUGUAGCCGUUGCGAUGCCACUGACGGGCCUCACAUUCUACGCCUGGUGGAUUUGGACAAGGAUAAAGGUAUACUCGACGUAUCCUCCUUGGUGGAAGUACCUGGUCUCCGGUCCGGGAACCGACGACGUGGUUGAGGACGAAAUCAGAGCUGGAGUCGGCGAGACCAAAGCGAUACCAUUAUCAGUGGCUGCAAACAUCGAUUGUCAUGUCAUCGUAUACUUUGGUGAUGAUUUUGACAAGCGUUUAGAGGAGACCUUGACAAUUCCCUGGCUGGAAAAGAGCCAGUACACUCGGGUCAAGAACACGGCUCGGACUCUCGCUUACGAACUACAUCAAGUUACACAGCCAGCAGAACAACAAGUCUAUAGGCAAAAGGUGUAUCGGGCUUCCACCACAACACAGCUUCUGAAAAUGGCGGAAGACGGGAGUGAGACUCCACUAGGCCGAGUGAUAGUGAGGCAUGACCAGCAUUGGGCGGAGCGCAUUCCCCUGCUCAUCGGACACCAUGCCGCGGCGAAUCCAUUUGCAAAAUUGCUGCUACGGAUCGCUUGGGAAUUCCGCGUGGUCACAAUCAAUACUCAAGACGGCACAAACCUUGCGACAGAGAUAAACGGGGUAGUUCGAACCAAAUCUGAAAAGAAUUGGCGGUUUGAAGAAUUCCUGCCAAAGACGGAACUUGAUGCCAUCUUCACGGACGAGAUCAUCCGCGAGCUGAUCAAAAUGGACACCAGCCUCUCUAACUUGUUUGGUGGUAGUGACACAUGCCCAGACAGGAGGGAAUUUGCGAGAGAUGUGUCCAACUUCGCUACACGCCUACUGGCAAUUUGCAUAAAUGCAAGGAUACCACUUUCGUGCCUGCACAGCCUUGUUUGCGUAUCCAAGCUACGGGACGUGAACCUACCCCUCCAUACCUGUCCAGAGAGCUGUAAUGAGGAUAACUUUCACCAUUUCCGAAAAGAGCAGGAACGCUUUACCAUCUACGAUUUUGACCAAACGGCACUGAAGCGAAAAAUGCACGCCGGCGGGUACGAGACGAUUCCAGACGGGAAAGUGGUUCCGAUAACUGGGGAUCUUGUCAUAGGACAAGGUAGUUUUGGCGUUGUCAAAGAAGUCCGAAUUCACCCUGACCACCAUAACUUCGAUGAGGAUGUCUUUGCGCUCAAGGAGCUACGUACAGGCCAACCGCUUGUUUCUAAGGAGUUCAAGAACGAGAGCCAUGUCUUCUCCAACUUGAUGGAGGUCCGCGAUCCGGCCAUCUUGCUACCAUUGGCGAUGUGGCGACAAAAGAACAGGAGCAAUCCGGCCCCGGAACACGACCAGUUCUACAUGCUGUAUCCCAGAGCACGGAGAAAUCUCAACGACUACCUGAGACAAUUUCGGAAGCGACCAGUCCUGGAAAGAGACUUUGUCCUCAAUUUAAUGCAGCAGCUUUGCAGUCUGGCUCGCGGGCUAGACCACAUUCACCGACUCACGCCAUCGGGCCUCUUGGGGGAUGGCGCAUCCCUCCGUGUACAAAGAGCAAGGGACCAUAUCAAGGGCUAUCAUCAUGAUCUCAAGCCUGAUAACAUCCUGGUCUUUGAUGACGGGUCGUGGAAGAUCUCAGACUUUGGCACUGCGCGUAUCGUUGAAGUCAUCUCAGGCCAGAGUCAUUCUGGCGUACCUGAUCAGGAGUCGGGAGAUCCGGUAUAUGGACCACCAGACCGCUUUCUCAACAGACCAAGCGCAACCAAAUAUGACGUGUGGUCUUUUGGCUGCGUAAUACUGGAGAUACUCCUGACGCUCUUCGAGGAGGGAACCGCCGACCAGCUCGACGUCGUCAGCAGUGGCGCACACCACAGAUUAGACGUUUUCUAUGCACAGAGACACGACUCCGUCCAGGAUAGUGUUGGUGGAGUUGCCUCUUAUUGGUACGAAGACAGAACCAGCGGAAAUUGUCGUCUUCGUGAGCCAGUCGAGCGACGGCUCGCCAUGCUCGAGCGGAAGACGGAGGAUUAUGAUCAAUUCGGCGCUCUGACGAAACUCGUCAGGAGUAUGCUCAGUAUCCAUGCUAGUAAGAGGCCGAGCGCGAGAGAUGUUUACAGUCAUUUGAAAACCAUCGAACUGCAGGUCACUUCCAAUUUGAGGGAGGGCCAAGAAGACUUCUACAAGCGACCAGGCCAAGUUGGUGCUCCCUUUGCGUCCAACCCAUCCGACAACAGUCGCAGCGAGCGGCCUCAGACACCGGAGCGACACCUAUCAACUCCAACGAGCCCUGUUAGGCACCGCAGGUCUUCGUCUGCAAGCAGUCGGCAGCUUCGACCCGAUCUCGAAGGUGAAGAUCCAGGCCAUCUGGCCCACUCAGGAAGCGCAAUCGCAGAAUCUGCAAUGGUGCCACGCAUCGAGGUCACAGUUGAUGACAGAGAUCACAAUUCAUGA